AUGAGUGGAACAGACAAUGAUAAGACAGCUGAAGCUGUUGAAACUAGUUCACCAGCAAUAAAAUUUAAAAGGUACAGAAAAAUAAGAGGUGGUCAUAGAUCUUUUGCUAGAAGAAUUAUGCAUACUGUUUACACUGCUCUGGGUGGAACUGAUAUAUUCUCGUCAGGUGAAUAUGAGAAUCUGGAAGGCUGCAGAAUUUCAUUGGUGGAAAAGAAAGCAAUUAUCGAUUCUUAUAAUGACAAGAUUUUAGAAUUGAUGAAUGAUGAAGAAGAAAUUAUUACUGAUAUAGUAGAAGCCAGUGAAUUUUCAGAUGAGAUCAAUAGAACUGUUUUGAAAAUUAAAUUGUCAUUAGAGGUUCCAGCGGCAAAUCCAGCCUCUCAAAAUGUGAUCUCGUCAGUUGUUGAUACUAGGCCUGUUCCAGUUUCUUCAAAAAUUAAAUUACCAAAGUUGACAUUACCCAGGUUUGGAGGUGAACAUAAGAAAUGGGCAUCUUUUUGGGAUAGUUUCCAGGCAGCUGUUGGUCAAAAAGAUGUAAAUUCUGCUUUUGAUUUGUGCAAAUUAGUAAAAUUAAAAUUGAAUCAAGGAGGGUUCAAUAUGAGAAAAUGGUGUAGUAAUUCAUCUGAGCUUAUGACUAUGUUAAGAGAGAGCCCUGUAUUUCCUAAAGUUGAGCAAAAUAUCAAUAGUUUAGAGUUAAAAAUAGCAGAAGAUGAAAGAGGUUAUUCUGAAUUUGUUCAGAAUGUAAAUCACAGUAAUAGUGUACUUGGUCAAAAAUGGGAUAACAAGUUUGAUAUUUUUCAAUUUGAUUUUGAUAAGAUUUUAUCAUGUGUGUCAACUGAUUUAGUUACAAAGAGAACUGUUUUGAGUAUAACUGCUAAAUUUUUUGAUCAUUUAGGAUUGAUAUCACCAGUAGUUUUAUUAUUUAAAUUAUGUCUCCAAACAUUGUGUAAUAAUGAUUUAAGUUGA